AUGGAAGGAGCCGGUGGAAGCAGCAACUCGGACCCACGGUUCGAGUUUCUCGGAUCGUUCGUCCAGAAAACGCUCAAGCUGAAGCCGGAAAAAUGGCACCGUCUAGUAACACUUGAGGAGCACAAGGCAGUACUGAAGGAAUUCUUCGACAAUGCACAGACUGUCGUCAUGAUUAUCAUUCUAACACCAUCCGCACAACUAAUACCACUCGUUAGCUUCCCCAUACAGCAGCUGAAAAAUAAAGGGGUUUACUUUGUGAAGAAGAACCCGAUGGAUGUGCCGCGGGAUGGCUGCAAGGAUGUGCUCGUGGUGGGCGAUCUGGCCACGCGCACCAUCGACCAACUGUCGUGCCUGGUGGAUGAGGUGUUUGUGCCGCUGCUCUCGAACUCUGAUAACCAUCUUGGGUGGCCGGAAAUGGUCGCGCAAGAUGUGCAGAAACAGGUUCACAGUCUUAAGAGCACGGUUUAUCAAGUCCAGGGUCAAGUUAGUGGACAGACCGUUCUACCAAUGCCCGUGGGAGUUGAUAAAUGUGUGCAGACGGCCAAAGAGCUGGUGGUCAACGCGGAGUGUUCGAUCAAUCUUUAUCUCAAGAGCGCCAUCGAAGGUGUCGUCAUCAAAUGGGCCACCCAGGUGAACGAUGUCAUGCUCGAGUCGAGCGCAAAUGCCUUCAAUGGUGGACAAAAUCCCGUACCCUCCGUCGAGAUAAAUUUUUGGAACAAUCGCCUCAAAAACUUAACCUACAUCUACGAACAGCUGCGCCACGAGCGGAUACGCAGUAUGGCACUGAUUCUCGAGUACACGGACAGCGCGUACUAUCCGUGCUUCAAAACACUGUUCAAAAACGUUGUCACAGCUUUGGCCGAAGCCCGUGACAUAACCCUCUACCUGAACCCCCUGACGAGACACUUCCAACAGCUGGAGGAUACAGAGUUUUCCGAGUGCAAGGUUCUGCUGAAACCGUUGCUGCACGUGGUUUGUCUGAUUUGGUCGAACUCACUCUACUACUGUCAUUCGGCCAAGCUUAUCGUUCUUUUGAGACAAAUAUGUAACCUCAUAAUCCAACAGGCAAAACGGUUUCUGGACCCAUCGUCCAUCUUUCACAGCGAUAUCGAUGAGGCAAUGCAGAGAAUAUCGCUCUCGAUACAGAUACUAAAAUACUUUCGCACCGUGUACGACGAGUACAAGGACAACAUCGCGCCCUUCUUCCAGGAUCGGCCGGUCGUGAACUGGACCUUUCACCCGAAUGCCGUGUUCGAGCGGUACAACGCUUUUCUCGACAGACUGUUCACCAUCCAGUGGUUUUUCAACACCGUGAUUGAGUUUCUUAAGCUGGAAAAGGUGGAAAUUGGAGGGCUUAAAGGGCGCGCCUUGAGCGCACGCAUCACCGGGGUGUCGGUCGAGUUUAACCAGUGCUUCUCGCUGUUUGCCUCGAAAACGUACGAUGUCCUCGAUCCGGACGAUCCUACUUUCAAAGAGGAUUUCGUAAAGUUUCAGGACCGCAUUUUGGAGCUGGAUCUCAAGCUUGCCGCGAUACUCUGUCAGGCGUUCGACGACUGUCACAAUCUUGAGAGCGUGUUCAAGUUGAUUAGCAUCGUGGGAACUGUGUUGGAUCGGCCCAAAAUUAAGGAAGAGUUUACCAACAAAUACAAGCAAAUUCUUCUGAUGAUAGACGAAGAGCUGAGUACCUGUGAGAACAUCUAUGCACAGCAGAUGGAGCACUACCGCAAGGAGGGAUUCAUUUUCGUUGACCGCAGUGCCCCACCGGUCACUGCGGCCCUUCGGUGGGUUCUGCAGCUUACCAACCGAAUAACGUCUCCGAUCAAACAAUUUCAGACCUUGCAACACCCCGUCGUCCAAUCGGACGAGGGUGCCGGGCUCAUCAAACGGUUCGAUCUGCUGAUGGCCAAGCUGCGUGAGUUUGAGCGCUCCAUUUUCGAAGGCUGGGCAACGGAGGUUCCGGACACGAUUGAAGUGCACCUCGAUACGCCGCUGAUUGUGCGGAAGAAAAACUCGGCCGAGCUGACGCUCAACUUUAGCCCACAGCUUUUUGCCAUCCUACGCGAGGUCCACUAUCUGCGCCUGAUGGAGAAAGACAAUAUUCCUCCCCGGGGGCUAGAGUUUUCGGACAAGAGCGAAGUGUAUCGUUCGUACACGCUCAACAUGGAGAAGACCGUCGAUUGGUACAACAAGAUUCGCAAGAACUGUACCAAAGUGGAGCUGGAGCUGAUCAAAGGGGAAAUCGAGCACAUCGAUGCCCUGUUGGAGCGUGCACUGAACGAGCUGACGUGGAACUCGCAAGACAUCCAGGACUAUAUGAUGCAAAUUCGCGAUCCCGUCGAGCAGCUCCAGAGAAGGAUGCAGAGCAUUCAGAACAAUUUGCAAGACAUCCGCGCAACGAUGUCCGCGUGGGCCAAGUUGCCGUUGUUUGAGCGAAAAGAUUCCAAGAAGGACACGGUCCUCUGUCUGGAGGAGCGCAACGAUCGCAAGACGAAGCGCUACACCGAGCUGGAGGCAGCCGCCAUCAAGGUGCACCAGCUGCUCGACUGCAACAUGAAGCUGUUCGUCAUGGAAGACACGCAGGACGAUGGUAACUGGGUGGAGUACGUCAAGUUUGUCGACAACAUCGUCUACGAGAGCUUGCUGUUCAUGAUCGGUAUCAGCAUCGGGUAUCUGGCGGAGAACAUGGACAUCGGCAAUAAUCUGGCGCCGCUGUUUGAGUCGCGGCUGGAGCUGCUGGAGCCCCAGUUGGUGUUUGUACCGUCGCUGAAUCCGAACGAUGUGAACGGCUUCAACGCACUGCUGGCCGGACUGGUCAACGACAUUACGUACAUGUCGUCGUUGAUUCCGCGGCUGCUAAAAACGGCCAACAAAACGUACGAGCAGAUUAUCACCAAAAACAACGACAUCCAGGAGAUGAAGGUGGAAAUUCUGCAAGGCGUCGACAAGGUCAUCCAGGAGGCGGCCGAGUUCUGCGGGGACUUUGAGCGAUACUCGUACCUGUGGCUCGAGGACCGAGAGUACAGCAUGGAAACGUUCCUAGAGUACGGCCGCCAGCUGGAGGCGGACGAAAUCGAGAUGAUCAUCAACAAGGAUCCGGACGCGCCGAAACCCUGUCCACCGACGAUCGAGGCGUUCCGCGAGCAGAUCGACCACUACGAAUCGUUGUACCAGGAGAUCGAGAAGAUAGAACCGUUUCAAAUCUUCAACUCCUGGUUCCAGGUUGACGUGCGCCCGUUUCGACAAUCGCUGAUGAACAUUGUUCGCAAAUGGGGAAAUAUGUUCAAGGAACAUCUGGUGAACAACGUAACGCACAGCCUCACUGAUCUGGGGAACUUCAUCCGCAAGGCCGACGAAGGUCUGCUGCAGGUGGUAAAAGAAGGCGACUACGAGGGUCUGGUGAACAUUAUGGCCUAUCUGCUGCACGUCAAGGAGCGCACCGCAACGACGGACGAGAUGUUCGAGCCGAUGAAGGACACGAUCGAGCUGCUGAAGUACUACGAUAUGGAUAUUCCGGAGGAGGUGAACGUGUACCUGCAGGAGUUGCCCGAGCAGUGGGCCAACACGAAGAAGAUUGCGCUGACGGUCAAGCAGCAGGUUGCGCCGCUGCAGGCGAACGAAGUGGUCGGCAUCCGCAAUCGCAUAGCGAUGUUCGACGUCCACAUCACCGUGUUUCGGGAUGUGUUCCGCACGUACGAGUUCUUCAAGUAUGACUGCACGGAACCGUAUGUGUUGCUUGAUCGGAUCGACGGUGAUGUCAACCGGCUGGAGAAGGACAUGAGCGACAUCCAAGAGUCCGGCAGCCUUUUUGAGGUGACAGUGCCAGAGUUUAAGCUACUUCGCCAGUGUCGCAAAGAGAUGAAAAUGCUCAAGCAACUUUGGGACUACGUUUUCAUCGUACGCACCAGCAUCGAGGACUGGAAGACGACACCCUGGCGCAAGGUGGACGUCGAAAACAUGGACAUCGAGUGCAAAAAAUUCGCCAAGGAUAUUCGUCUGCUGGACAAGGAAAUGCGUCCAUGGGAUACAUACAUUACCCUGGAGUCGACGGUCAAGAACAUGCUGACCUCGCUCCGUGCGGUCGGUGAGCUGCAAAAUCCGGCCAUCCGUGAGCGUCACUGGAAUCAGCUAAUGUCGUCGACAAAGAGUUUAGCCAAUCUACCACCCGAAAUUACAGUGACGUUCAUAAUGGACAAAAAUACGACACUCUCCGAUUUGCUGGCACUCAAUCUGCACGAGUGCGAAGAGGAGGUGAAAAACAUCGUCGACAAAGCGGUCAAGGAGAUGUCCAUGGAAAAGAUCCUGCGUGAUCUCAACACCACGUGGUCGAUGAUGGAGUUCGAGCACGAAACGCACGUCCGCACCGGGUGCUCGCUGCUGAAGGCUUCCGAAGAGUUGAUCGAAACCCUCGAGGAGAAUCAGGUGGUGCUGCAGAAUUUGAUCACAUCCAAGUUUAUCGCCCACUUCCUGGAGGAGGUGUCCGAGUGGCAGAAAAAGCUGACGACGGCCGAUCAGGUGAUCACCGUUUGGUUCGAGGUGCAGCGUACCUGGGCCCACUUGGAGUCGAUAUUUAUGAGCUCCGACGACAUCCGGAUGCAGCUGCCGGUGGACUCGGAGCGGUUUGACAACAUCGACGCCGAGUUUAAGGUCAUGAUGGAGGAGAUGUCCAAAACGUCGAACGUGAUUCACGCCACCAACCGGGAGGGGUUGGUGGAGAAGCUGGACAACCUGCAGAGUCAGCUGGCGCUGUGCGAGAAGGCACUGGCCGAGUACCUCGAAACCAAGCGGCUCUACUUUCCGCGGUUUUACUUCGUUUCUGCGGCCGAUCUGCUGGACAUCCUCAGCAACGGUAACAGACCGGAGGUGGUUUGCAAGCAUCUCACCAAACUGUUCGAUUCGAUUGCGAAGCUCAAGCUGGAGUCAUACGAUGAAGGCCGUUCGAAGAAAGCGCUCGGUAUGAUCGCCAAGGACACGGAGUAUGUAAAAUUUUUUGAAUCCUGCAA